GUGGAUCAGACCAUUAGAAAAAUAAUGUAGAUCGUGCUUAUAUACAAAGUUAAUGUCGACGUGCCAUUCCGGGUUCACCAGUCGCAACUUCAAGUUUCGUUCUUUCUCUACCUUAGCCUAUCGAUUAGAAAACCCAAGAUGACGCGCAAGGCGACAUCGCCAGAGACAGCUCCUUACCAUGACGGCACUACUGACUAUAUUCCUAUGAGAAAGAAAUAUGACCCCAAAAAGCCUCAUAUCAGCGAGCAGCCCAUGACUUGGGGAAACUGGCACAAGCAUAUCAACUGGUUGAAUUGCACUUUCAUCCUCUUCAUCCCGUUUCUAGGCUGCAUUGGAGCAUACUACACGCCUCUCCGGCUGUAUACAGGCAUCUUUGCAGUCGUGUACUAUGUUAACGCAGGUCUUGGCAUUACCGCCGGAUACCACCGUUGCUGGGCCCACAGUUCAUACAAAGCAACCCUCCCGUUGAAGAUCUACCUAGCCGCCGCUGGAGCCGGAGCCGGACAAGGCUCGAUCCGAUGGUGGUCCCGAGGCCACCGUUCCCACCACCGAUACACCGAUACAGAGAAGGACCCAUACUCAGUUCAGAAAGGGUUCUGGUACUCGCAUAUCGGGUGGAUGGUCAUCAAGCAGAAUCCUAAGCGAAUCGGCCGAACGGACGUCACGGAUCUCGACGCCGACCCUGUGGUCGUCUGGCAGCAUACCAACUAUAUCAAGUCAGCCCUGUUCAUGUGUCUCGUGUUCCCAACCUUGGUCUGCGGUCUAGGAUGGGGAGACUGGCUCGGGGGAUUCAUCUACGGUGGUAUCCUGCGCGUCUUCUUCAUCCAACAGGCUACCUUCUGCGUGAACUCCCUCGCCCACUGGAUCGGUGAACAGCCCUUUGACGAUCGGAACUCCCCACGAGACCACGUAAUAACCGCGUUCGUGACCCUCGGCGAGGGAUAUCAUAACUUCCACCACGAGUUCCCCUCCGACUAUCGCAACGCGAUCCAAUGGUGGCAAUACGAUCCUACUAAAUGGUCGAUCUAUCUCUGGAAGAAGCUCGGCCUCGCCUACGAUCUUAAGCAGUUCCGCCAGAAUGAGAUUGAAAAAGGUCGCAUCCAACAGUUGCAAAAGAAGCUCGACCAAAAGCGUGCAACCCUCGAUUGGGGGACUCCUCUCGACGAGCUGCCCGUCAUGGACUGGGAUGACUUUAUGGCUGAAGCGAAGAAUGGCAAGGCCCUGACCGCGAUCGGAGGCGUUAUCCAUGAUAUCACGACAUUUAUCAAGGAGCAUCCCGGUGGUAAGGCGUUUAUCUCCUCGGCUGUUGGUAAAGACGCUACUGCCAUUUUCAAUGGUGGGGUCUAUAAUCAUUCCAAUGCUGCCCAUAACUUGCUUUCGACGAUGCGAGUCGCUGUUCUUCGUGGCGGUUGUGAGGUUGAGAUCUGGAAGCGUACCUUGCCGGACGGCAAAACGCCGAUGCUAACGGACUCGACUGGUCAGCGGAUCGUUCGCUCUGGAGAACAGGUUACGAGAACGGCGCAACCGGUGCCAUUGAUAGGCGCCGCAUGAUGGUGGUUAAAUAGGAUAUAUUGCUAUAGAGCGUUCUUGAUGAACCAGGAAUGGGUUAUUUUUUUUUUUCAUCUUUUUGUUUUUUUGUUUUGCGAAUGCUGCAAUGACUAAUAUGACACAACAAUCUUAUACCCUCUUCGAAUGCAAAUACAUUGCCUGUGACAUAAAAGAUGAAAAAGUAGCACGUAUGUCUUCUUCAACAUCGCCGCCUAGGGACCUCCACCCUCGCACACUUCUCGAGAACACAAUCCUUCACUU